AUGACCGACGAUAGUAUUGAGACUAAAGCAGUCUGCAAGUCGCAUCAUGGAAAGGUGGACCCAGACUUGGGAACACGCAACUUUUGCAUAGCCGGACUAGCAUUCGGAUGGAUUUUUGCAUCGCUGUGUCUCAUUGCAGGAUCGAUCAUGCUCAGCUCCGACCACUUUCCCAUCCCAUCAUACAUGAAUUUGAAAGUUAUCAUGGUCAAUUUCUUCUUGCAUACUAUGAGACCUGGGAAAACCUAUCCUCCUAGUCAUCGAAUCCAACAGCUGCAUCAGGGAACCUCGAUACUGGUACAGCUACUGUUGAACCUCCUCGUGACUAUUAUCCUUGACACUACAAAUUACAUACAUGCCACUACCCUCAAAUGGGCUCUUUUCAGAGAGGGUCGCCUCAAGUUCAAUUCGAAUGUGCGACUCUUUACCAGUGCCAAGGCCCACGGGCCCAAUAGUUGGUACAUGAACUGGAUUUCUCUUCUUGGGCUGGCUAUUUCGUACGGGGCUACCUCGGCUGCCAUUACAGAUGUGGUCAUUGUCGGAGAGUGGGAUGAAAAGACGCGCGAAGUGGAAUACGGUCCGUCGGAAAGCUCGGAUAUUAUCGAUAUCAACGGACUAGCAAUAUUUGCUCUCGGCAUUGGGGUUCUCUUACAGGUCAGUGUGUCGACUUAUAGUUUAUUAUACAGUAGCGGAGUUCGGAUCUGGAACAACUCUCUUCUAUCCAAUGCGAGGGCCUGGGUCGAUGGCAAAGAGACAGCCAAUGACCCGUCCGAAGAUCUAUGUCCGGAAUUUACCUUCACUUCCCGGGAGAUCCAAGACCCAAUGCUCGAUAUAGCACCACAUACUCAAAUCAUUCGAGGCCUGAUCUGGGGAUUCUGCGCGCUUUUCACUCUUUGGUCUCUAUCACAAGGAAUCGUGGUUGCAACCAACGGCUACAUGGCGGAGAACUUCGGUGAUUUCUCAAGCGGCGCAGACGGAUACUGGAGAUUCUACGGAGCCCUGUACUGGGACUACAAGCGAAUCACCAAAUCACCCCCUUAUUGGCUUGGAUUAAUCAUCCAAAUCAUAGCGCAAUCGUUUCUCACUUUUGCAUUGCAUUGCGUGGAGCUACUAUUCAAUCUUUCGCGUGACGAAGCAGCAUGGCGCGAGUUGGAAACCGUCGGCGUCGAUGCCGACGCCUCUAUGAAAUCCAAUGUUAGCAGACAGACGCUGAUCAUGUUGGCGAUGAAGGCUAUCAUACAGUGGGUCUUUGGGUAUGCGCUCACGGCGGAUGUUUCGUUUAAUAUUGCGCUUUUACCGAUUAUUGCUUUGAUGGUUUUGUUCGUUAUCUUGGCAAUUGGGUCGGAAUGGAUGUUGAAGAAACGGCCAAAGGGUAGUCUUCCGGCGACGUAUGGCGAGUUCGACCGAGUGAUCCAGCUUGUGGAUGAUUGGGAUUACGGUCGCCUUUUCUGGGGUGACAAAGGUUGUUUCAAAGAUGGGAUGCGCCGUGCAGGCACAUCUGGUCAGCGUUUACCAGACUUGAAGCCGGAUACCCUCUAUUGCCGUUGUCGGAAGGGGGAUUGA